AAUACCAACGUAUUCAUCCGCCGCGUACUAUAUUACGCGACGAAGCAGUGGGCCAAUCACAACCUCCGCGGAGUGAUUUAGUCGGGGCUACACCCAGCAGGCCCUUGUCUGGCGUUUGUGGCUUCUCUUGGUUGGUUGGUGAGAGCAGAAGAAAACCGGAAAACAUGUCCUGGCAAGGCUACGUGGACUCACUGAUAGGCGAUGGUUCCGUCUGCCAGGAUGCGGCCAUUGUCGGGUACUGUGGCUGCAAAGGCGUCUGGGCGUCAUCUAACGGCGGCAUGUUCUCCAGCAUCACGGCUGACGAAAUUGACAAGUUGGCGUUAGGUAACCGUGAAGCUUUAUGUACCGAUGGACUGACCUUGGGGAAAGUCAAAUGCUCUGUAAUCAGAGAUUUAUUUGAUGAGGCUGACAAUCACACGAUGGAUCUCCGGACAAAGUGUACAGGAGGAGGUCCCACAUACAAUAUUACUAUUGGCAAAUCUAAUAAAGCAUUUGUUUUGGUCAUGGGGAAAGAAGGAACGCAUGGAGGGAAAAUCAACGUCAAAGCACAUGGUGUGACCACCUACCUGAGGCAGUCUGGAUACUGAAGUAUCCUGUGCCAGCCAGCAAUCCCACCUACAUACCCAUCUACCUACCGCCCUGUUGCAUUUCACUUCCUGUCCUAGUUGCUAAAUACUUUUUUUUUUCUGCUCUCUGUUCCUCACCCAAACCACCUUAAGUUGAUCCAUAGCCAAGACGAGCUGAUGACUAAGCGCGUCACUUGACUAAGACCAGCAAAAUGAAAGCCAAAAGUCCCACAAUGUGCUCCCUUGCAGAGCAGCCAAUGCCUUCUUUUCAUCGGGGCGCUUUAGCAGUAGCUCAUCACGUCUUCCUUUCACACCAACUUCUCUGCCUGUUGGUUUACAUUCAUUCAGCUCCUUCAGGAAAAAUUAAUUAACCAUUGGACAUUCUUCCUCACAUUUGUGCACCCGCAUCCUUGUCAAGGUGUAGUUUGGGCCAGUUAACAAUCAUAAUGCAGAGCGUUACUGUUCCUGUACACAGCAUAAAUCAAAUGGACAUUCCACAGUUACCGGCUCAGGCACCUUUUUCUGUUUUUCUUUUGCAAGCUCCUGUAAUGUUGUAUGAAAGGCUAUCAUUUUGUUGGACAAUAAAUAUCUCUCGCUUUCUAAAAAUCUGGAGUAUGUUUAGUUUUUCCCCCAGAUAGGACUACGUGUAGUCAAAGCUCCGGUGUUGAUUUAAGAAAAGGGGGGGAAAAAAACAUGGAUCUGGUUUCUUUCCCCUCACUCUUCACUGAACCAGAAGAAACCAUUUUGCUGUGUUCACGAUUAAAACUGUGGAAUGAAUUGCCUUUUAGCACGCACUGAGCUCAGUACCUAAACUAACAUCCGACUGAUGAUCAAGCAGUGACACUCAGAUGGGUUGCUUGGAGCUAACGUGCCGUUUAAGUGUAUUCUUGUGCCAUAAUAUAGUAAGGUCUAUCGCUGUUCUGAGAUCCAAUUUUGCUCACCUAUAACUUGACUUUUAUUGUCCCCCCCCUUUUGUUUCAACUCCACCGUUCAGGCCUUGUGUACUCAAAUGUUUUAAAGUCCCCCUUGCUUCUCUAGUUUUCUUGAAUCUUGGAUACACUUUUGUCAAUGCAUUAAGUUUUCAUAUGCAUACAACAAAGAAUGCCAUAUAUUGAUUUUAUCACCUUGUUUACAGACAUGAAAAUAAAUUUGUUCCAAUCAGA